AUGGGCAGACCAGAGAGUCUUGGCGCUAAAGUUUACUACACGGGAGAAACCGCAGAAAAAUACGAUAGCAGCUCUAGCUUGAACAACAUACAAAGCAGGCUGACAGAAAGGUGUCUGGAUAUUUUGGGAAACCCAAAAGACUCCUUUGUCCUCGAUAUAGGCUGCGGAAGCGGCAUAAGCACCGAGCACAUUCUUGAUAAUAAUAACUAUGUCGUUGGAAUUGACAUAAGCAUGAAAAUGCUGGAUCUGGCAAAAGAAAGAAUCGGAAGCCUCACAUACAACGAGGUGCCAGCUAAUAAAUACUGCGACUUUGCAGCGGUAGACAUUGGAGCAGGCCUGCCUUUUAAAAGCGCCACCUUCGACUAUGCUGUGAGCGUGAGUGUACUUCAGUGGCUCGCAGUGCAAAAAGAGUCAAAAAAGCUGCUAAAUGCCUUUUUCUACACGCUUUACGAUGUUCUUAAGACAAAAGGGAUGGCUGUGCUCCAGUACUACCCAGAGUCCGACAAACAGAUGGAGGCCAUUGUAAAGUGCGCAUCAAAGUACGGGUUUACAGGCGGUACUCUCGUUGAGAAUCAGGACAGCAAGAAAAAAAGAAAGACGUAUCUGAUCCUUGAAAUGCCAGGCGCCAAAGGAGAGUCCAACCACGUGCCAGCCACGAGAGAGAAGAGCAAAUACAAAAAAGUCACAGCGAACAAAGACCUCGAGCUCAGAGACUGGAUAAUUAGAAAGAAGCAGAAGAGAAUGGAAAGAGGCUUCGAUGUUCCAAGAACCUCCAAGUUCACAGGAAGAAAAAGAUCGUAG